UCCUAUUCUCUCCUCUUUCAUAUUCUAGUUUACAGUUUACAAAAAAAAGAAAUAUUUCCCGAAUUAGUUGCUCCGAUUGCGAGUUUAUUUUAGCAAAAAUUGCAGUAUAAUGAAUGAAUAAAGAUCAUACUGGCUAAUUAAAUCCCGGACGACUUACCGUCGCGUAUGAAAGUCAAAAUAAAUCAAUGUCUCUAGAAGUCAUUUACGUGACCCGCCACGGGUUCCGUCCUCCAUGGGCCGUCGACCCGUCCACUGGGAACUAUACAGCUUCAGUCCGUUCUCCCACGGAUCUACCCACCGACCCAGCUCUUGCGUCCCAUGGCAUUGAGCAGGCAAACGAGUUGGCAGAAUAUCUGCUGGACGUCGAUCCGCCCAUAGACCAGAUCUAUUCCAGCCCCUAUUAUCGAUGCAUGCAGACGAUUCACCCAUUUGCAAGCAAACUCAGACGUCUCCAGACCCGAUCGUCUGGGAAUGUUUCUGGAACCCCCCGUUCCAAGAUUCGUGUAGAUCUCGGCCUCAGUGAAUGGUAUGGCUUAGCAAACUUUAAGCACCCCUCGUCUGCACCCCUGAACAAAUUGCAGAGCCUCUUCCCUGAGCUCGAUGCGCGCUACGAAUCUAGUCCAGCGCCAUCCCCAUAUGGAGAGUCUCUACCACAGUUCCACGAUCGGGUUGCACGGGCAAUCGAUUUCAUUAUUAGACGUAGCGAUCAGGAUGGUCACAAGGCUGUGAUAAUAUGCACACACGCAGCAGUGGUGAUCGCGCUAGGACGAGUUCUCACUGGACAAGUUGAGAAGGAUUUCGGAGCAUUUACGUGCGGACUUAGCAAAUACAGGCGGCAGCGGCAGCAGCAUAGUACCGCCCAUGCAUCUUUAGGGUCUGACAGUAAGACGGAUGCUAACGCCAUAAUCCCGGCGGCGCGGGACGACAGAAAGAUCAGAGAAGCAAGAUCUAAACCCCAUUCGAAAGACGAUCCUGUAGGCGAUGUCGAUCUCCAGCCACAUGAUUCAAUGUCGCCUGAUCCAGGAUCAUCAGGGAAGGUCGACGCCGGACUUUACGGAGGCUGGGUUUGCGAACUGGACUCUGAAUGUAGCUUUCUUAGUGGCGGCGAGGAAAGAGGAUGGAAGUUCUCUGGCGACGAAUCAUUCAUAGAGACGGAUGACGAUAGUGUGUGGCCAUCGACAGCUGCCUCCAACUCUGACACAGCUAUCGAGGAGGGCAGAACAGCGACCAGCAAUAACCAUCUUAAGUCUAUAGUCGAUAAGUCUAAGCUAUGACACCGAGGCUCACGCAGAUCAGCUUGCCGUGUUAAAAAGUAUCGUGGGCUGUUUUACCACACUAAUAAAGUGCUGGAUCAGUUCCAUUAAGUUAUUAUUCUUCCAACUUGGCACGAAAU